AUGUGGUCAUUUGGCACCGUUGCAUACAAAUUGCUGACUGGAAAUUUUCCCUCUCCCCCGAUUCUUUUUGGCAAUUUGGCGGGACGGGUUUCACAACGUGCCAUCUCGUUCCUAGCUGCCCUGCUUUCCGAGGACCCCCAUACUCGAGCAACGGCUGCUGAAAUCCAACAGCACGCGUUCCUUUGUCACCAUCCACUUUUGAACAUAUUCACUGAAAACCAGCUUCACCGGCUACAAUCGAAGGCCCUUCCGGACAUUAAUUUUGCCCCGCUAUCUUUGAGGUUCUCUUCUCAAAAGGCAUACAAAACGACGCUUGGCCAAUUGACAAUCGGGAUUCUGACGCCGCAUUGCUCCCCUAAGCAAGACCUCUCAAUGGCAUCAUCACCACAUGAUCCCUCGCCCCGUUCGUCUGUUUUUCUUUCUUUAGAAAAUAAUAUCACCUUUGAGGUCAGCCAAAAAAUGAUUGUAUCAAUUUGGAUGAACAAUCAACUCAAAGCUACAUGGAAAAAAUGCACGCUGCCUGCUCCGCUUGCCCCGAUAUUUUACUACAUCUACCGGGUGGUCUCGAAAGUUCUCUCUAAAAUACCAAAAGCCGUCCUUCUCUUGGAAAAAGAUGCCAUUUGUGGCAUCCUCAUGUCAAAUGGCCCAUUUGAGGACUUUUUGUUCCAGAAUGGAACAUCCGGAACGAAUAUUUACCGAAUUGUACCGAAAAUGUCCAAAAUAUUUGUUUACGACAGUUUUGAUGACCAUGGAUCGGGUGCACUUUUAUCCGAUAUCGCCAAAUCAUCUCUCGCUAAAAGAUCCCAAAUUGUGAUCAGGAAAAAGCCCGUAAGAGCGAUUUCAAUUGAAACCAGCUUUUCAUUCCAGUCCCCACAUCAUCAAGAUCUUUGCAAUGCAUCUAUGGCGCUCAAUUUGCAUGCAAAACUGCUUCGUCUUGUGCAAUCUUCAAAAAAACUGGGCGUGCAUCCCCUAAUUUUUGUAUCAUCCGCGUCGCUGGCUUCGUAUCCACUGCCCCAUCAUAUUUCAAGCCAUUCUGUUGGCAGCAAAAGUAGAGAAGAGCAGCUGUAUUCUUCAAUGGACUGCUUUUCCGGGUUUUCCGCAACAUCUGUAAUGGCUUGUUCAGCCUCCUCGCCCCUACAUAUAGCCGCGUGUACAAGGGACCCAAACGGGGUCUUUCAUGUCUUUUUUUCGGAUAAUUCUAUGCUGUACAUCAUUCCCGAACGUUCACUUUGCUGGAACAAGGAUUUAAAAGAUUGGAUGACAACGGAAACCCCUUUACUUGAUAACGACAUCAAGGCACGAGUCCAGCUAUUUUCCCAGAAUUUUUUCAACUUUGGGAUGGCGCCAACGGACUUUAUCCCUAAAUGUGGAAUUGAAUCCCAAUAUUGCGAUUCUCUGUUUGGCGCAAGGCAAGUGUAA